CAAGUCGCCAAGCAACUCCGCACACAGAUCGGGGGGGCUGGAUGUUUCCGCGACGACAACAAACCGCGGCAAUUCUAGGAUAUGGCCGGAGGAGUGACUAAAGACCAGUAACGCUGCAGAAGCAGAUGCAUUUAAUGUUUCGAGAGGACGAGUCCGCAGGGAUAAAACAAUAAUCCACGAGUAGAAAGCAGCUGGCGGGCCAAGCGAUGAAAGGAAAGCCCCGGAAAUGUCGUCAUGGGAAAAGGCCCGAGCGGGGAGCGGGAGAGUGGCCGGAAGACGUCUUAAGGAGCGCCAUACCAUCAGUCUGCGACGCGCAGAAGUUCCAGCAGAAUCGACCGAAAUCAGUUGAAGAGGAGCCAUGCAUUUCUCACCGUUGCUCGUGGUGCUGGGUGCCUGCAGCGGCGUCUCGGCCGCCCCCGUCGAGCAGCAGCCGCUAACCGGAAACGGACGUCACGCUGGGCCGCAUGGGAAGCCCUACACGCCAGAGCAUCGCGACCCGUACGAUGGGAAAAUCGACGCCAUCGGAGACAAGCUUCAGCCUCUGCCAUGGAGAAAUGGAGAUGGUGCGACCAUGCUGGGCCCACGCAACAAGCCGCGUGAGCGAGAGAACCCCGAUAUUAUCCGCCCACCUAGCACCGAUCACGGCACCAUGCAGAACAUGCGCUGGUCGUUCGCCGACUCGCAUAUCCGCAUCGAGGAAGGCGGCUGGACGCGAGAGACGACUAUCCGCGAGCUCCCUACCAGCAUAGAGCUAGCUGGCGUCAAUAUGCGACUCGAAGAGGGCGUGAUCCGAGAGCUCCAUUGGCACAAGGAGGCCGAAUGGGCUUACGUCCUGGAAGGUCGCGUCCGCAUCACUGCGCUCGACACUGAAGGUGGCAGCUUCGUCGACGAUCUCGAGAAGGGCGAUCUCUGGUACUUUCCCGCCGGCCAUCCUCACUCUCUUCAGGGACUCAGUCCCAACGGCACCGAGUUCCUUCUCAUUUUCGACGACGGCCACUUCUCCGAAGAUUCAACCUUCUUGCUGACCGACUGGGUCGCUCGGACGCCGAAGAAGGUUCUUUCAGAGAACUUCCGCGUCGCCCCGGAAGUAUUCGAAGCGACCCCGGACAAAGAAAAGUACAUCUUCCAGGGCCGCGAGCCUGACUCCAUCGAUAAGGAGCUCCCCAAAGGUAAGGGUUACAAGAAGUCCAAGCUGCAGUUCACCCACAAGAUGCUUGCUCAAGAGCCCAUGAAUACUACCGGAGGACUGGUCCGUAUCACGGACUCCACCAACUUCCCCCUCUCCAAGACAGUAGCCGCGGCACAUUUGGAUAUUCAACCGGGUGCGUUGAGGGAGAUGCACUGGCACCCGACCGCAGACGAAUGGAGCUUCUUCAUCAAGGGUCGGGCACGUGUGACCAUCUUCGCAGGUAAAGGAAACGCAAGGACAUUCGACUAUCAGGCGGGCGACGUGGGCAUCGUCCCGAAGAACAUGGGCCAUUUCAUCGAGAACCUGAGCGACGACGAGCCGCUUGAGGUGCUGGAAAUCUUCCGCGCAGACGAGUUCAAAGACUUCUCGCUCUUCCAGUGGUUGGGCGAGACUCCUCGAAAGCUGGUUGUGGACCACAUGUUUGCUACAGACCACAAGACGGGAGAGAAGUUUCUCGAUGCAAUUUGGGAUGCCGAAAAGGAUCCUAUCAAGGGUCGCGUCGGUAUUGACGAGGAGGACAAGGAGGAGUUGUAAAUAUUUACUCAUGUGCAAGGCGCGGGUUCAGUUGUGAGAUGAGCGAACACGGUCGGCGUUGGUGCUGGUGCUUGCAUGUAAAACACGUAUAUUGGGCCCCCGACUAAGCUCCCAGUUUG